AACUAAAUAAGUACCUAAAGCAGCAGCCCCGGUGGCCCUGGGACCCUGCGGGGCUCUCGUGCCUCAGCGCCAUCUCGGGCCCUGCGUGUGUCCUGUGCUGCCCAGAGUGCUGGGCCUUAGCACCUGAUGUGGCCUGCUGAUUCGUGUCCCCUUGCUGGGCUGGGUCCCCAUACUUAGCAUUUGAUAAGCUGUUGUCAGCACUUUCUACUCCACUUCUAGAUGCCCAUUUGGGGGUGUCCUGAUGGGGCUGGGCCAGGGGUGAGCAGUCUUGAUUGUCGCCAGAGUGACUCAGAUGAUGUGUGACCCCGAGCAAUCAGGCCCUCCCUGGGCUGCGGUUUCUUCCUGCACUGAAGGGGUCGGCAGAGCAGAGAUGCUGUUGGGAUUCCCCCCCGAGGGACUGUCUGGGAACAAGAGCCCACUGUGUGCCUGGGGGAGGCCUGGACACAGAACCACUGUGUCCUUUGAGUGGGCACUGUGCCCCUCCCCAGCCCAGACUCUUUGUCCUCUGGGCCUGCCCCUCCUCCACACCCCUGGGGCCCACUGUGGAGCACCCCCGCCUUGUGAAUCCCACCCACUUGAGGCCCAGAUGGGGAACUAUGCACAGAGGGGUGGGGCAGGCCAGGAACCCACAGCACUGGGGGCAGGCUGGGGUCCUGGAACCCUGUGGGUUACAGAGCACCCUCCAGGUUCUGCCGAAAACACAGGAGGGAUUUGUGCGGAGGUGAGGGACACUGGGAGAUCUGGGCAUACAGUCAGGGAUCUGGUACCUCCUUCGUGAGCUUAACGGCUGCUGUGUUCCUGGGGCCGGGUGGCCAGGCCAGCAGGGUCUGGGGAAUGUCAGAUUGCCCGUGUACCUUACUACCCUUUUCCCACUUCUUUGCCUGUGCUAUCCCUGCCCUGACCCGGUCUUGUGGUCAGCUCCUCCUCCCAGAACGCAAUUGAAGGGUCUUUUUCAGGAGCCCCUCAUCCUUCCAGAUCACAAGGAUGGGUCCCUGCCAGUCCAUGCUCAGAGGGACCAGUGUUUACUGAGCCGUGGCUCUGGAGCAGGCCUGUCUUGGCACUGUGGACACAGUGGUGACGGCAGCGUACACAUGGGUGAACUCCCAAGCCGUGCCAGGGGAAUCCAGGGCUGGGAGCACCUUUCGGGGGUGGGCCUAGCCUGUCUAAGGCGGUGGGUCCUUGAACAUGAGGGGGUUUGGGCAGAAUGCGUGUGCAAGGGUGGGGCGUGACGAUAGUCCUGAGAUGGGAGCCCGCUGCGUGUGAGGAGAGGCCACAGGGCCAGUGGGAGCUGGGAGGGUCACGGAUGUGUGUGGUGGGGUAAGCCCGCCAGCUCGUCGAGGUUCCUUCUGCUCCUAAGCGGAGAACCAGCUGAUAGCACCCGGAGGCGCUGGCAGUGUGCAUAGGGAGGCUCCUCGAGACGCCUGUGGAUUCCCAGGGGUUGAUCCAGGGCCAGAAGGGUCUGUGAGCAGUACCAGGGUUACCCCUGUUUUGUGGAGGGGCAGGAGGGGCAGUGCUCAGCGACCCAUGCCCUUCCUGGUCUGGGUAGGGAUGUGAACACCACCCUUCGGCUUUCCCAGGUCAGCAUACAGCUGGGAGUUACUCUGAACAGAGUUCCUGCCUUCCCUGCUCUGUGGGAGUCCAGUGGGAGCUGUGGGUACCGUCCUGGGGCUGCCUGUAGUUACGCUCUCUGAAUAUGUGACCUCAGGACUGAAUAUGUGACCUCGGGCAAGGCCUGCCUUGUCCCCCCCUGGAACCAUGAGCGAGGCCCGCAGGGACAGCACGAGCAGCCUGCAGCGCAAGAAGCCACCCUGGCUGAAGCUGGACAUACCAGUGGUGGCGCCCCCCGUGGCAGAGGAGCCGAGCUUCGUACAGGUAGGUGCUGGCCAGUGGGGGCUGUGGGCGUGCCCCCUCCAGCCUCCUCACCGUGACCCCCUCGUCCAGCCCCUGAGACGCCAGGCUUUCUUGCGGAGCGUGAGCAUGCCGGCUGAGGCAGCCCGGGUCCCCUCGCCCCAUCAUGAGGCCCGGCGGCCGGUGCUGCAGCGCCAGACGUCCAUCACGCAGACCAUCCGCAGCCGGCAGGUACGCUUUGGGCGUGUCCACACUCUGCCCCUCUUGGGGCCCCCCGGUGCCCGCAGGGCCCUCCCGCAGCGCCGGUCUCUCUCUCGGUCCCUGCUCAGGGGCACAGCGGACUGGUUCGGAGUGAGCAAGGACAGCGACAGCACCCAGAAAUGGCAGCGGAAGAGCAUCCGCCACUGCAGCCAGCGCUAUGGGAGGCUGAAGCCGCAGGCCAUCCGGGAGCUAGACCUGCCUAGUCAGGACAACGUGUCUCUGGCCAGCACUGAGACGCCCCCGCCGCUGUAUGUGGGGCCGUGCCAGCUGGGCAUGCAGAGGAUCAUAGAUCCCCUGGCCCGGGGCCGGGCCUUCCGAGUGGCAGAUGACACGGCCGACGGCCUGAGUGCCCCCCACACACCUGUCACGCCUGGCGCCGCUUCCCUCUGCUCCUUCUCCAGCUCCCGCUCGGGCUUCAACCGGCUCCCGCGGCGACGCAAGCGUGAAUCGGUGGCCAAGAUGAGCUUCCGGGCAGCAGCAGCCCUGGUGAAGGGCCGCUCUGUUAGGGAUGGCACACUGCGCCGGGUGCAGCGCCGAAGCUUCACUCCUGCCAGCUUCCUGGAAGAGGAUACAGCUGACUUCCCUGACGAGUUGGACACAUCAUUCUUUGCCCGGGAAGGAGUCCUCCACGAAGAGCUGUCCACGUACCCAGACGAGGUGUUCGAGUCCCCUUCGGAGGCAGCACUCAAGGACUGGGAGAAAGCUGCAGAGCAGGCGGACCUAACGGGUGGGGCCCUGGACCGCAGUGAGCUUGAGCGGAGCCACUUGAUGUUGCCCCUAGAACGAGGCUGGAGGAAGCAGAAGGAGGGCGGCGCCGUGGCCCCACAGCCCAAGGUACGGCUGCGGCAGGAGGUAGUGAGCACGGCAGGGCAGCGGCGGGGCCAGCGCAUCGCGAUGCCCGUGCGCAAGUUCUUUGCCAGGGAGAAGCGGCCGUACGGGCUGGGCAUGGUAGGCCGGCUGACCAACCGCACGUACCGCAAGCGAAUCGACAGUUAUGUCAAGCGCCAGAUUGAGGACAUGGAUGACCACAGGCCGUUCUUCACCUACUGGCUCACCUUCGUGCACUCACUCGUCACCAUUCUAGCCGUGUGCAUCUACGGCAUCGCGCCUGUGGGCUUCUCUCAGCACGAGACCGUGGACUCGGUACUGCGCAACCGCGGGGUCUAUGAGAAUGUCAAGUAUGUGCAGCAGGAGAACUUCUGGAUCGGGCCCAGCUCGGAGGCUCUCAUUCACCUGGGUGCCAAGUUCUCGCCCUGCAUGCGCCAGGACCCGCAGGUGCACAGCUUCAUCCGCGCAGCCCGCGAGCGUGAGAAGCACUCGGCCUGCUGCGUGCGCAAUGACCGCUCGGGCUGCGUGCAGACGUCCGAGGAGGAGUGCUCGUCCACGCUGGCAGUGUGGGUGAAGUGGCCCUUCCACCCCAGUGCCCCAGACCUUGCCGGCCACAAGAGGCAGUUUGGCUCUGUCUGCCAUCAGGACCCCAGGGUGUGUGAUGAGCCCUCCUCCGAGGACCCCCACGAGUGGCCAGAUGACAUCACCAAGUGGCCGAUCUGCACCAAAAACAGUGCCGGAAACCACACCAACCACCCGCACAUGGACUGUGUCAUCACAGGCCGGCCCUGCUGCAUCGGCACGAAGGGCAGGUGUGAGAUUACCUCCCGGGAGUACUGUGACUUCAUGAGGGGCUACUUCCACGAGGAGGCCACACUGUGCUCCCAGGUGCACUGCAUGGAUGACGUGUGCGGGCUCCUGCCCUUUCUCAACCCUGAGGUGCCUGACCAGUUCUACCGCCUGUGGCUGUCUCUCUUCUUGCACGCUGGGAUCCUGCACUGCCUGGUGUCAGUCUGCUUCCAGAUGACUGUCCUGCGGGACCUAGAGAAGCUGGCAGGCUGGCACCGAAUAGCCAUCAUCUACCUGCUGAGCGGUGUCACUGGUAACCUGGCCAGUGCCAUUUUCCUGCCGUACCGGGCAGAGGUGGGCCCAGCCGGCUCCCAGUUUGGCAUCCUGGCCUGCCUGUUCGUGGAGCUCUUCCAGAGCUGGCAGGUCCUGGCCAGGCCCUGGCGGGCCUUCUUCAAGCUCUCGGCCGUGGUUCUCUUCCUCUUCACCUUCGGGCUGCUGCCCUGGAUCGACAACUUUGCUCACAUCUCAGGCUUCAUCAGCGGCCUCUUCCUCUCCUUUGCCUUCCUGCCCUACAUCAGCUUCGGCAAGUUUGACCUGUACCGCAAGCGCUGCCAGAUCAUCGUCUUUCAGGUGGUCUUCCUGGGCCUCCUGGCCGGCCUGGUGGUCCUCUUCUACUUCUACCCCGUGCGCUGCGAGUGGUGUGAGUUCCUCACCUGCAUCCCCUUCACCGACAAGUUCUGUGAGAAGUACGAGCUGGAUGCGCAGCUCCACUGAGUGGGCCGGGCACAGGGCCUGCCCCAAGGCUCACGGGCGCAGGCCUGGACUUUCAAGCCCCACGUGCCGUCCUGCCUGCUUCCUGAACGCUGACCUCUCGUGCCUGGCUCGCCAGUGGUGAACCUCUUGUACUUCAGGGCAUUUAUUACACUAGUUCCCAAGAUUACCUUCUAACUAGUCUCUUGACGACCACCUCACGUGGCCAAUAAAUGGACUGGGAGCGUUUUAGCUGCCACUAACUUACCGGA